AUGUAAGCUAAAUUAUUAAUUUUCUUCAUUAGCUUGAAAACAACAAAAAUAUUCAUAUAAUAUUAUUAUAAAAUAAAGUCAUUCUCAAUAUAUAUUUGUAAUUAUUAAGGAUCGAAUUUCUAUUGCGAGAGGGAAAAUAUACGAAGUAAUUAUUUAGUAAUAAAAAAAUUUAAUAAAUUUGGUUAAAAAAAGCACAAUAUAGAGAAACUAAAAUAUAGUAAGUUAUAACUUAAGAAAAAGGCUAAACAUAAAUAAAUAAGUACACUAGACGAAGCAGUUUUGAUGGAUUUUAUCUCGAACUAUAUUAUUAUUGAUCGCACUGGUAGAGCAGCUUCUAAUUUAGAAAAAAAAUCAGAUGAUCAAUCGAAUAUGAGCAAAGAGUUUAUGAGAUAGAAUCUUUUUCAAAACAACAACAGUAAUAAUUAUAGACUCGGUAAAUCUCCUCGUCCAGUGGCAAAUACUCAGUUUUAUAGUUAGAAGAAGUAAUCAAAUAUUGUAGAGGAUUAGCUAAGCAAAGCAUGGCAACUCAUAGACACUGUUGAUAGGCACUUAUCUAAUUCGAAUAGAGAUGAAAAAUUUUUUUUAGAAAUCAAUCAAGAUAGGAAUGAGAUGAUUAGCUAAUUGAGCUUAAUUAAUAGGAGAAGACUUCAAUUCAAAAUUCAACAAUAGCUCUACUUAUAAGAAUGA